UCUCGCUCCCUCUUCGGCCGCCGUAGGUCGGGGCGGGUGCUGGGUUGACGGUGCUGGAAUGAAAGAAUCCGUAAAAGUUAAGUGUAGCCGCUAGGAGGUUGCAGUGGGAUCAAGGGAAAAGCAGGUCCUGGCUUCCCAAGAGAAAGAGAGAUGAAGGAGAGGAUGAAGAGGAGCUUCCUGGAGUUGCAUGUGGUCAUUUCAUGAGACAUCUUUGACUUGAGACUGAGAUUUCUGAAUAGAAAUUUAGGGCAGAUCCAGAAGAGACUGAACACAGAACGCCCCAGUUACUGGGCAUUUCCCAAAACAGAAGAAAAUGAUGAAGGCCCAGGACCUGGGUGCUUAUGUCAACUGUCAACUUGUAGCUGGUAUUUCUGACAGCUGUCACAACCAGGGGAUCAUGGAAUCUCUGACCCUGGAGGAUGUGGCUGUGGAGUUCACCUGGGAGGAGUGGCAGCUCCUGGCCCCUGCUCAGAGGAACCUGUACCGGGAUGUGAUGUUGGAGAACUAUAGCAACCUGGUGUCCGUGGGGUAUCAAGUCAGCAAAGCAGAUGCACUCUCCAAAUUGGAACAAAUAGAACCACCAUGGACUUUAGAAGAUGAAAUUCACAGUCAACCUCAUCCAGAAAUUGAGAAAGUUGAUGGUCAUCUGCAGCAACACUGGCAAAACCAAAAAAUGCCAAAGAGGAUGGAACAGUGUUAUGAACAGAAUGCAUUUGGAAAUAUUGUUCAUCAGAGCAAAAGUAGUUUUCCUUUAAAGCCAAAUAAUGAUAUGUUUGGUUUACAUGGAAAAACUUUGAAAUCAUACUUAGAUUUAAUCAACCAGAGUAGAAGCUGUGACAUAAAGGAGCCUGCUGAGUUUAAUGGAGAUGGGAAAUCCCUUCUCCAUUCUAAUCAUGAGCAAACUCAUACUGAAAUUAAAUUCCAUGAAAGUAGAAAACCCAUCAGUACUAAGUCACAAUUCCUUACACAUCAGCCAACACACAAAAUAGAGAAAGCCCAUGAAUGUACUGAAUGUGGGAAAGCCUUUCUCAAGAAAUCUCGGCUCACUGAACAUAAGAGAAUUCAUACAGGAAAGAAACCCCAUGGAUGUAAUAUAUGUAGAAAAACUUUCUUCAAGAAGUUUAAGCUCACUGAACAUCAGCGCACUCAUGAAGGAGAGAAACCCCAUGAGUGCGGUGAGUGUGGGAAAGCCUUCCUGAGGAGGUUUCAGCUCACUGAACAUCAGAAGACUCAUACAGGAAAUAAACCCCAUGUAUGCAGUAUAUGUGGGAAGGCAUUCUCCAGAAAGUUCAAGUUAACUGAACACCAGAGAACUCAUACAGGAGAGAAACCUUAUGAAUGCACUGAAUGUGGCAAAGCCUUUUGCAGGAAGGCAGAGCUCAUUAUACAUCAGAGAAACGAAAGAGGGGAAAAACCGCAUGGAUGCACUGAAUGUGGGAAAUGUUUCUCCAGAAAAUCACAGCUCAUUCUACAUCAGAAAACUCAUACAGGAGAGAAACCUUAUAUAUGCAGUGAAUGUGGAAAAGGUUUCAUCCAGAAGGGCAAUCUCCUUAUACAUCAACGAACUCAUACUGGAGAGAAGCCCUAUGGAUGCUCUGAAUGUGGUAAGGCCUUCAGUCAGAAGGCAUGCCUCAUAGCACAUCAGCGAUUUCAUACAGGAAAGACUCCCUUUGUAUGUACUGAAUGUGGAAAAUCUUGUUCACAGAAAUCAGGACUCAUUAAACAUCAGAGAAUUCACACAGGAGAGAAACCCUAUGAAUGCAGUGACUGUGGGAAAGCCUUCACUACAAAGACAAUGCUCAUUGUACAUCAAAGAACCCAUACAGGAGAGAGACCCUAUGGAUGCAAUGAGUGUGGGAAAGCUUUCUCCCAUAUGUCGUGCCUUGUUAAACAUAAGAGGGUACACACAAGAGAGAAACAUGUAGAUUUAGUGAAGGUGGAAUAUCCUUCCACAAAGGGUCACAGCUUAUUAAAUACUAGUGAACUCGUGCAGGGGAAAAACCCUGUUAAUACAGUGACUGUGCAGAUGCCUUCUGUGACCCCUCAGACAUCAUUGAACAUCAGUAGGCUCCUAGCAAAUAGACAUGUAGUCAUAGUGGGACAGCCUUUGGCCAGAUGUGUACCCUCAGGAAAUGACAGAGGAUUUGCACAGGAGAGAAACCUUAUGAAUGCAGUGAAUGUGGUUGUACCUUCAGUGGUCAAUUAUGUCUUAUUUUAUGUCACAAAAAACACAAGAGGCGUCCGAGAGCCAGACUCUAGGUGUCUGGAACGACGCUGGAUGGCCCUCGUCGACCGCCGUCCUUUCAGCUCCGGGGGGGGGGGGGCCUGUCGGCCGGGGGGGGGGGGCCGCGGGGCCGCAGACACUGAGGCAAAGCGUUCAGAGAAGUGGCUCCGCGGCUUGUCUCCAGCGGUGAACACGGACGUCACCGGAGGAAUGACCAAGGCCCAGGGAGCGUUAUCAUUCGAGGAUGUGGCUGUGGGCUUCACCUGGGAGGAGUGGCAGUUACUGGAUCCGUCUCAGAAGGACCUGUACAGGGACGUGAUGUUGGAGAACUACAACAACCUACUGUCAGUAGGAUAUCAAGCUAUGAAGCCAGAUUCUCUCUUCCGUUUGGAGCAAGGAGAACCACCAUGGAUAGCAGAGGGAGCAGCCCAUAGUCAAACCUGUCCAGAAGAAAUAUGGGAGAUUGACCAUACGCAGUGGCACCCAGAAAACCAAAACGAGAUUAAAACUUUGCAAAGAUGUCAGCAGAGUUAUGCACUUGCAAAUAAUUUUGAUGUAUGCAAAAGUCUUGUUCCUUUAACACAAAGGCACAAUAAGUUUGGCUCACAUUGUAAAAGUUUGAAAUCACAUUUAGGUUUUGUAAUCCAGCAUAGAAGAUAUGCAGGAAAGGAUUCUGACGAAUUUAAUGGAUAUGGGAAAUCGUCUCUCUACAUCCAGCAUGAUAAAACUCUCACUGGAAUUAAAUACCAUGGAUGUGUUAAACCCAGUAGCACUAAAUCACAGCUCAGUGACCAUCAGAAAACUUAUCCAGGAGAGAAACCACAUGAAUGCAGUGAGUGUGGGAAGGCCUUCUCCAGGAAGGCACAGCUCGUUAGACAUCAGAGAACUGAAAGAGGAGAGAAACCCCAUGGAUGUGACGAAUGUGGGAAAACAUUCAUGAGGAAGAUUCAGCUCACCGAACAUCAGAGGACUCAUACAGGAGAGAAACCCCACGAGUGUAAUGAAUGUGGAAAAGCCUUUUCCAGAAAGUCACAGCUUAUGGUACAUCAGAGAACUCACACAGGAGAGAAACCCUAUGGAUGCAGUGAAUGUGGGAAAGCCUUCAGCCGGAAGUGCCGGCUCAACAGACAUCAGCGAUCUCAUACUGGAGAGAAACUUUACGGAUGCAGUGUGUGUGGGAAAGCCUUUUCCCAGAAGGCGUACCUCAUUGCACAUCAGAGACUUCACACAGGAGAGAAGCCUUACGAAUGCAGUGAAUGUGGAAGAACCUUCUUUUUUAAGUCAGACCUGACCAAGCAUCAGAGAAUUCAUACGGGAGAGAAACCUUAUGAAUGCAGUGAGUGCGAAAAAGCUUUCAGAAGCAAGUCAAAGCUCAUUCAGCAUCAGCGAACUCAUACAGGAGAGAGACCAUAUGCAUGCAGUGAAUGUGGCAAAGCCUUUGCCCACAUGUCAGUUCUCAUUAAACAUAAGAAAACUCAUACAAGAGAGAAAGCUAUAAAUCCACUGAAGAUGGAGAAAGCUAGUUCAGGCAGUCGUAGAUCUUUAUACAUGAAUGAACUCGCACAGGAGCAAAAUGCUAUGAACACAGUGCCUGUAGAAAUGUCUUCUUCAGGGACUCAGACCUUAUUAAACCUCAGUGAGCUCCUAGGGGGUAGAAAUGUAGUGAUUGUGGAACAGCCAUUUCCAAGAAGUCAGCCCUCAGUAGAUAAUCAGGAAUUUGCACAGGGAAUAAGCCUUGCAAAUGCAGUGAAUGUGACAACACCUUCAGUAAUAAAUUAUGUCUUAUAUGUUACGGAUAUUGUGUAGGAAAAAAAAUCCCCUGAAACCAGAAAUGUGGAAAAGCCUUUAGCAAGAAUCCUCCACGAGUUAAAUGUCAGAGCUCACUUAGGACAGAAAUGCUGUGGAUGCAGUGGUUGUGGAGAACACUUCCGUGAGAAGUUAGACUUAUUAAAUAUUGGUGAAAGCAUAUUGCGCAGAAAUGCAGCUACUGUGGGGAAGCCUUUUCCCGGAGGUGAUAUCACAGUUGGUAUCAAAGAAUUCCCACAGGACUAAAACCUUUGGAAAGAAUGUGAUGGUUUUCAAUGAUAAAUUGUACCGCAUCACAUGCCAGAGAAGCAAAGAGAGACAACUCUAGAGACACUGAAUGUGGAAAACAUUUUUAGUAAAAUGUAGAAGAACUCAUAGAGAAGAGAAACCCCUGAAAGCAAUAAAAGAUGGAAAUUCUAACACCAAACUAACUCAUGAGUCACAAUUUUACACCUUGGGAAUCUUGGAAAAACUUCUUUAAUAAAUGAAACCUUCUGGACACCAGGAAUUGCAUUAUGUAAUGAAAGCAUGCAAAUACAUUGAAUUUGUACAGCUGUAUUAGUUUCUUAUGGCUGCUCUAACAAAUUGCCACAAAUUUUGGGUCUCAAAACAACACCAAUUUAUUAUCUUACAGUGCUGGAGGCCUGAAGUCAAAAUGCAUCUUCCUGGGCUAAGAGCAAGGUGUGGGCAGGGCCGCAUUUCAUUUUGGAGGCUCUAGGGGAGAAUCUGUUUCUUUGCUUUUCCGGCUUCUAGAAGCUGCCCAAAUUCUGUGGCUCAUGACCCCCUUCCACCCUCAAAGCCAGCAAUGGCUGGUCAACUCUUUCAUCACUGUAACACUGAUUCUUCUGCCUCCCUUGUCCGUGUUUAAGGACCCUUGUGAUUCUAUUGGGCUCAGCCAGAUAAUCCACGAUAAUUUCCCCACUUAAAGUCAGCUAAUUAGCAUCUUUAACUCUGCUACUUUGAGUCCCCUUUGCCUUAUAAUCUAACAUAUUCAGAGGUCCUGGAGAUUAGGAUGUGGACAUCUUUGGGAGGCCAUUAUUCUGCCUACUACAGACCACGCUUUGGUACCCAAUGAUUCAUGUCCAUCCCGCAUACAAUAUGCAUUUACCCUAUCCUAACAUCUCCAAACGUUUCAACCCAUCACAGCACUAACUCAAAGUCCAAAAUCUCACCUAAAAUUUAUCAGCUCUAAAGUGCCAAAUCUCAUCGUCUAAAUCGAGUAUUGAUGAGGCUCUGGGUACUAUCCAUCCUGUGGACAAUUCCAGAGGCACAUUUCCUGGCUGUGAACCUGUAAAACUCUAGAAACAACUUAUAUGGUCCUAAAAUACUAAAUUCCAUCUUCUUACCUUAAUUCGCCUUUACCAUGUAAUGUAACAUAUUUACAGGUUCUGGGAAUAGGACAUGGACAUCUUUAGGAGGCCAUUAUUCUGCCUACCAAAAAACAUUAGAUUUCAGAGAAUUUACACUGCAAUAAGUUCCUACCUCGCCAUUAAAUAAAUUUGAAAAAGUUUGUUCCCAGAGAAGUAUUCAUGGUAAUUAUGAUCUAACUAACAUUUUUUUCUAUAGUCUGAAUCUUAUGCUGUGAUUGUUAGAUAUGAAUACCAUGGAAUGCUCUUGAAAUGUAUAAAUCAAAUUAUCAGCACUGGAAAAUAACUCUUAAAUGUCCUAAAGGAACAUGAGAUUUAUGCUGCGGGAAAUGCUGCCAAACAUCUUUGUAUCUAUUCUAAAAUUGUGUAAAUUAACAUAUCUGCAUAUACCAUGAAGCACCUAAAUACUGACCCGUGUUUUUCACAUCCAAUCCCAAUAACCUCCUUUUCCUUAACAAUAAAUGUUUGAUUUGUAUACCCUCCCAUCUUAAAUAACUAAAAAGAAUGGAAUACGUGAAUGGACUUUUCAAGAUAUUGGAUGAUGGGAGCUCAGGACAGCUAUCUCUGGGAGAAAGGCAACAAAUGAAGUGAGCCUUACGAUUGCCCCAGCUUACUGCUUGGAGGGAGUUUCCAUUCUGCAGUGUAGGGAGGAGGAACCUAAAGAGAUCCCAGCAGUCUGCCUGAAUUGAGACAGAGUUUAGAGUUUGGAGAAUUCAAGGUGGCUCAGAUUCGUGGCGCAGAUUACAGGAGAGGCGAGAUCUGCACCCAGAGAGUGAGAGUUACAGAGUUCUAGAGAGUUCCCCCACAAGUUUUUAAGUUGUCAUCAGCACAUAUAUGUGAGGAAGCUCCCUAGGCUGGAGAAAGAAUCACUGGAAAUGAACAGGCAGAACCAUC